AUGUCCCUCGAGGCUGGGGCGCAGGCGUCGCCGCAGUCGCAGGCGGCUCAGCAGGUUGCACACCUGCAAUUGCAACAGCAGCAGCAGCAGCAGCAGCAGCAGCAGCAGCAGCAGCAGCAGCAGCAGCAGCAGCAGCAGCUGCAGCAGCUCCGGCAGCAGCGGGUCACGUCAUUGUCGCCGCCCACCCUGCCAACUCCGGGCGUCGCCGCCGCAGCAGCCAGCCCCGGCUGGGGGCUGACGGGGACCAUGGAGAGCCCUGAUCUGGUGGGGCUGCUCAACAGCGGCCCGCGGGCCUCCGACGCCCUUUUCGGCAGCCCCGCCAGCUGGGGCGGCUUUGGUAGCCUGGGCACGCCGGGCUCGCUGGCGCGGCAGGUGGCGUGA